AUGGAUGUAGGAAGUGAUUGGAGUUAUAUACUUGAAAGGUCAUCACUUCGUUUUGCAUUUGAUGAUGGAGAAGUGAAAGCAAUUUGUCCAGAUGAUACUGAUCCAAUCUGGGCUCUUAAUAUCAAACGUGCUAUUCUAUCUGCUUUUCAAACUAAACAUGAAGGGAUAAGAGAAACUGAUAUAUCCGGUGAUUGUCCGGUGACUAUUGAGAAACAAAAAACGAAUGAAAUGUUGAACUUGAAGACAACAAAACAGUUAAAUGCAUGCUAUCGUGAGCAUGAUAUUGUUGGUGUUCGAGCUAUUCCAUAUAGACUGGAAUCGAAAAUACAAGCAAUACCAAUAAUGGAAACAAAACAAACAUGUGAACGUCAAAUUGCUCAAGGUAACCUUCAACAGGUAAGUUGUAAUGAAGAUUAUCGUGUUACCUUACCAUAUGGUGAAGGUAAUCUUGGAACAUUACAUGUUGAGCAAACAUUACGAGCUGUUGGAAUUGCAAAUGCAGCACCGCAAGAAAUAUUUAAAAAACGCUUAUCAAUCAUUUUUGAUCACACUGAUGAUAAUUUUAAUGCAAAAGAAACUUCACCUCAAUUUGCUAAAAAAAUCAUCGAUGAAUUAUGUCAAUCGGAUGAUCAUGUUGGUCCGGAUGCAGCAUCUCAUUUUGCUGAUUUGAUAUAUCAUCUUCGAGGAUUAUCAACGAUGGAAUUAUCAUCAAUUGCUAAUUUACAAUGUGAUGCUUUUAUUGAUGCUUUACCAGCUUGUGCUUCACAUCCAUGUCUCCUACAACUUAGCAAUUUGAUCAAUUCAGGAACGGCUUCUGAAUCAGUUUAUUCUUCAUUAGCAUUAUUAUCAAAUCCAAAAAAAAGCACUAUGGAUUCUGUUGCAGCAUUUAUUGAUAAAGUUCCAUUUUAUGGUUUAUUGGCUGUUUCAUCUUUGGUACAAUCAUAUUGUAUUGCUCAUCCAAAUUGUGGUAUGGAAACAACAAUACAACGUAUCAUACAUAGUAUUUCAUCUAAAUUACCUCCUAAUUGUUAUAUUGGAGAAGAAUUUGAAGAAAUUAAAAAAACGGUGAUAAUAUUGAAAUCAAUUGGAAAUAUUGGUUAUGAAGAGCAUUCUUUAUCAGCUAUAUUAGCUUGCAUUGCAAAUGAUCGAAUUUCAAUUGAUGUAAAAAUUGCUGCAAUUGAUGCUUUACGUCGGAAACCUUGUAGUGAUCAACGAAAUAGCAAAAUUAUUGAAUUAUUCCGUGAUCAAAAGGAAAAUCCAGAAGUACGAAUAAUAUCAUUUCGACAAUUGAUGGAAUGCGCAAAUGAUGAAAUAUUGGAAAUUAUUGUGGAACAAUUACACAAUGAAACAAUUAAUCAAGUUGGAUCGUAUGUUUGGUCAUAUAUGAAUUCUAAACAACGAUCAACAAAUCCAGGAAUUCGUAAUUUGCAACAUAUCCUCAAAAGAUUUCAUUUUCCACAACGUUAUAAUUUAGAUUCAAAUCGUUUUUCACGCUACUAUGAAUUAGGAUAUUUUGAUAGAGAAAAUAAUUAUGGUGGCCAUAUGGAUAGUUCCGUCUUAUUUGUACCAAAUGGAUACAUACCACGUCAAGUAGCAUUUAAUUUUACUGCUCAUCUUUUUGGGAAAAGUAUCAAUAUUUUGGAAGUUGGUGCACGAGCUGAAGGUCUGGAGGAAGCGGAGGAGGAAUUAUUUGGUCCUGAUGGUUAUAUUAGUAAUCCUAAUGGACAUAUCUUUCGAGAAAAAAGAUUUCAAUCACGAUAUCCCAAACUGAAUCAUUUGAAGGAACGGUAUAUAAGGAAAAAUGGUGAACAUCCAAUAAGAGUGACAUUUUAUGUCAGGAUGUUUGGUGAUGAUUUACAUUAUUAUGGUUUUCAAAGGGAUCAGCAUCAAUUUCUUGAGGAAGUGAAGGAAAGUAUUGAAAUUGAUAAAGUGUUGGCAAAAUUGAUGCAAGAGAAGACAAGAAAGCUUUCACGUUAUAUCCUUCCGUUUGAAUUGUCACAAACAUUCCCGACACUUUCCGGAUUACCACUUCAAUUCCUGCUGAAUGUAUCAGUUGCCGCCAAAAUAGACGGUAAAUUAAGACUAAAUCUUGCGGAUUUGUUGCAGCGAAAAGUUGGCGCGAACGGUUAUCUUGAUUUACGUCCAUCAAUAUCAAUUGCAAGAGGAGGUGCAGUACUUUUACGUGCGGGUCAUGUAACAUCUGGUGCUAUGGUAAAGUUAAGUUUGCAUUCUGCAACAAGUAUUGUACACAGUAUGGAAUUGAGUGAGAGAAGAAAAUUAUCAUUGAAGAUUGAUGUUCCGAACAAGAAUCUUUUGAUUACGAAAAUACGUCAUGAUAUCAUAAAGAUUGAAAGUAAUCAUCACCAACCAUUCACUAUUACACGAAAUACACAUAAAAUGGUUGAAAAACACUAUUGUUCUGGUGAUAAUCUGGCAAAAAUUCUUGGAAUUCAAGCGUGUGUCGAUUUCCGUUCUAAUUUUCCAAUAAUAGAAGGAAGUAUUAAAGUGGAAAAAGUUGAUCGUCAGUUGAACAACUAUCAAUUUCUUUUAGAAAGAACCAAUGAUAGAGGCGAGCAAAAACUAUUAAUACGUAUGGACACACCAGGAUCGGAAAUAAAUCGAAAAAUUGAAGCUGAUCUUGAAAUUUCAAUUCCACGAAAAAACUUAAAUUUGGCAACUAAAAUAGGAGAGCGAAAUUUGUAUAUGUUAGAUGCAAGAAGUGUUGUUGAAAGUAUGACUGUAGCAGAAAUUGGAACAGAAUUACAGUAUAGCAUUGCAAAACCUUAUGCAAUGUUUGAUUUUCAUUUGUAUAAAGUCUUCAGCAAACCAAUUAUAUUUAAAACUUUGGUAAAUCCAGAAGCACCGAAAUAUGAAGGUAAACUGGAAUAUUCUGGACCUGAUUUUAGCGGCAAAUUAGAUACAUCAAUUAUUCAUCAAGGAAUAAUUGAUUUCAAAGGUACAAUAAUCGGUGAAUAUCAGAUUGAUAAUUAUCCGAAGCGUACACUUGAAAUUGGACUUGAACAAGCAUUUCAAAAAAGUGGGACUAAUCAUCAUUUCAAACAUGCUGUUCAUGCUAGUAGUACAGCUUUUGAUAAGUUUGAUUUUCAAAUACUUUCUGAUCGUACCGGAAAUAGCAUGGAAAAUUUGCUAGAAGCAACAUAUUUUGGAAGAAAAUUAAUGGUAAAUUUAGAUGUAACACGUGGACCUAAUAAUAUUUAUACAGCUAUUGGAAAGGUAAAAUGUGAUCAAUUGGGUAUUGAUAGCAAAACAAAUAUUAUCUAUCAAAAUCGUUUUCCACUACAAUUUAUGUUGAAAAUUGAUAGUGAAAUACCAGGAAAACAAAAUAUUCAUGCUUCAGCAGAAUAUGUUGUGAAGGUGGAUCCAAAAUGGAACUUCAAAGGAAAUAUUCUACUACGUUUUCCUGGUCGUGAAAUAGCACUGAAUAAGCAAAUUGAUGAAGUGACCAUUGGUCAGUAUAAAAUGGGAACACACUUACAAUGGGAUCCAAAUGGCAGGAUAGAUGCAAUGUCAAAUGUUGUAUUUCGUCCUCAAGUAAACGAGUAUACCAUUGAAUCGACAGUUAAUAUUGCUGGCAUAAAUGAACCAUUAACUAUCAAAAAGCAUAUCAAAUAUCAGUAUGAUAAUUACAAUAUUGAAUGGCAAGCAAAACAAGGCAGCCAAUUGAUAUAUGAAUUAAUGGCUAAUCUUGAUGGUCAUUUUGGUGAUCAACAACGACUUAAUUUUAAUAUUCAAUCUGAGAAAUUUGAACCAAGAAUCAAUUAUCAUGUGACAGCUGAAUUUCAACCAUCAACAGAUAGCAUGACAGCGUUAGCUACCAUACGCAAAGAUGGACAUCAUUUUGGUACAGGUAAUAUUAGACCACGUAAGGUAGCGAUUGAGUACAAUCAAUCAAAGCAUACAUAUGGUUCAUCUUAUAUGGUAAAAGUACAAUCAGAUGAUAAUCUUAAUCUUAACAUGCAAUUUGAUCAUCAAUAUGAUAAAACAAUUUUUAAAUGUAAUUUGGAUAAAGAUCGUAUUCGAACAAUUUCAACAGUACUCACUGCAACUCCUUUUCGUUGGGACUUUUUUGAAAUUGAUGGUCAUUUGGAUACUGAUAAACCUCUGGAACGACGAUCAAUUAAAGCAAAAACAGGCUUUCUUUAUAGAACAGAUCAGGCAAAUAUCGAAGGAUUAUUUGAAGUAAAUGAUAAUCGGUAUGCUAUUGAAGGUCAUUGGCGUAAAAUAUUGCAUGAUCUUGGCAGAAAUUACAUUUAUAGCAGCGAAUUUGCAACACCUCAAAGCCGGAUAAACUUCGAACAACAAUUUGAAGUGGAAAAAGCUAUUACAAUGCGGAAAGCAAAAACAAUUUUUAAACUUAUUGGUGCUGGAAAAACAUUGAAUUUAACGAAUGAAAUAAAGAAUGAUGAUAGAUCAUUUAGCAUUGCUACUGAUCUUAUCGGAAAUGAAAUAGUAUUGAAGGAUACGAUAGAAUAUAAUCAUAACCAUGGAGAAAGGAUAUUGAAGAAACAUUUAAGAUUUAAUGAAAAAGAGAUGAACAUGGAUAUAGUAACGAUUUAUCGUGAUAGAGAAGUUAAAAUAGACAUUAGCGCAUCAUCAACGUUUCAAAUGAUUCAAUAUGGCAAGGUUAUGUUCGAUUGUCAAAAAGGUCAUACUUUUUGGAACUGUGAUGCAGAAAGUAAUAUCAACAAUCAGUAUGUGAUUAAAGGACACGAAACCUUAUCAUUACAAAAUACUGAUAUAGGUUAUUUGACUAAAUUAGGAAAAGUGGUGGAUAACGAAGGGAAAAUCAGUUUCAGUAUUGACAAUCAAGGUUAUAAGUAUAAUGCAAAUGCAAUGUUACGUCGUGCCGAAAAUAUCUAUAACUUAGAAAUGGAUGUAACAGGUGAUAAUGGUGUCGUGAAAUUGCAAACACCAACGCUUGUAAUCAAUCCACAAGUAGGUUUCUCAUAA